CCGGCGGCAGGGGGCGUGCCCGGUGCGGCGGCGAUGGCGGCGGCGGCGCCGCGCUGGCGGGAGCGGCUGUUCGCGCUGUUCUUCCUGUCGCACGUGCCGCUGACCGCGCUCAUCGAUGCGCAGCCGCUGCUGCCCGCGGGGCUGCUCCCGCAGGCCCUGACGGAGCUGCUGCAGUGGUACGCAACCACCUUCAGGGACCCCCUGAUGCUCCAGCCCCCGGAGUGGUUCAAGGCAUUUAUCUGUUGUGAAGCUUUCCUGCAGCUGCCCUUCUUCCCCAUCGCAGCCUACGCCUUCCUAAAAGGGAGCUGCAGGUGGAUAAGGACUCCGGCCAUUAUCUACUCCACACAUGUGGCUACCACUCUGGUGGCCAUCCUCGCGCACAUCCUGUUCCACGACUUCUCGGGGCCGGAGCAGCUGGGACCUCGGACGCAGCGUGAGCGCCUCGUGCUGCUCUCCGUGUACGUGCCCUACUUGCUGAUACCGCUGCUGCUUCUUUACACCAUGCUCUACAACCCCCACUACAACCACGUGGAGAAGCGGAAACGGAAGUAGCCCGCUCUGCGGGUCGUACGUCCAACGCUGACGCAGAGCCUGUGCUGACGUGGUCCUCUGGGACAAACGCUGUGCCAUGGGGGUGGCUGCAGCAGCCGUUCCCAGCGCACCAGCUCCCACAGGGAAGAACGGGCUUGGUGUGAGCUGAGCCCCGCGGCUGCGGCGCAUGCAGGGGAAGGCGAUUCCCACCUCUCCCUGUCCCAUUGUGCCCUCUGCAACGGGAAACCGGACUUCAAUCACCUGAUGUGUAACUGCGUGGUGGGGGGAUGCUGCCGCUGAUCCCUGUUCCCAAGAGGACUGCCAGGAAACCACUUCAGUCAGAAACGUGUCUUCCAAGAGCUGGUUAUACACAGAUCCCCAGAGCGACGCUCCCAACACAUUCCACAUCCUACAGUCGCUCUGAGCUUCCUCACCCCUUCCUUUAAAAUCCCGCCUUCCUCUGCUCUGCUUCAGUUUUGAUUGUCAGUUAAUUUGCUCAGUGAUAAUACAAUGUGCCCAAACUUGGAUUUACUAAUGCCUGAAGUGACCUUUGUUGGACACUGAGGCAUAAUUCCUGGGGGAUUCUCAAGUACGUCAGGGAUUGUGAACAAGGGUUGGCAAUUUCUCUCUCCAUAAAAUCACUUCUCAUGUGGAAAUAAAUAAACGCAUUAAACUGCAU